AUGGAGGAUAAUUCAAAUAAUUUACUGAAAAACCAGGAGACGAACAGAUCAUUUUUCACAUUUUUUUCUGAAUUCAGGACCUCCGACCAAAUCAUCACAGUCACUAUUGAGUCCGUGGUACUUGGGACGGUUUUUCUGAUCUCCAUGUUGGCUAAUGUCUGCAUGAUCGCACUUGUGGUAAAGGGCAAGAAGCUGGCCAAUUUUCAGUGCUUUGUGCUAAACCUCUUCUUGGCUGAUAUUGUGUUUGUGGGGGUGAUCCCAGUCAUCAUCACUGUUCGCUGGACUGAAUCCUGGACCCUUGGACCUUACGUGUGUCACAUACUGUUCUACAUCAUGGCCACAAGUGGCUGUGUGACCAUCAUCACCUUAGCUGCCAUUAGCGUCGAGAGAUCUACCGCCAUUUUGAGUCUGCGCUUAAGGUCUCCUCUGCAUUUCAAGUGGGUGACUGCAGUUGUGCUGACCAUUUGGUUAUUUUCAGCCAUUACAUCUCUGCCACUGUGCCUUUAUUUUCAGAUGAUGACUGUUCAGGUUAAAGGCCAGGAAUAUCAAAUUUGUACACUGGUCUGGCCCAACAUCCUGCAAGAGAUCAUUUGGGAUGUCUUCUACAGCCUGGUUGAUUUUGCGGUUCCAGGAUUUAUCAUUGUCAUCAGUUAUACAAAAAUAUUAAAGAUUACCAAAGCUGCCCGGAGAAAAUUGCAAGCCAAUAGGCCAUGUCCAGCUCAUCAACCGAUGGUCCGAGUUUCCAAACAGGAUUAUUGGCUCUUCCGGACUCUACUAGUCCUCAUGCUCUCUUUCUUUAUCAUGUGGACUCCUAUUUUUAUUAUUAUAUUUUUGAUUCUCGCGCAGAGCUUUAAAAGAGACUUGUUCCUGUCCUCCACCUGGUUUUUCUGGGUCUGUGCAUUUACACUUGCCAACUCCGCUGUGAAUCCUAUUUUAUAUGGUGCCACUCAAUCCAAGAGCAAAUGGCAGUAUCUUCUUCAUUUCUUCCACUUAUCCCGAUUUAAAAACCGUGGCAACUUGGCUACAGAACACACAUUAAGGAAAGUCAGAACGCAAGAUCAACAGACUCCACCUUCUGUUAUUUACGACUAA